AUGCUGGAGCAGUUUGCAGUAACAAAAAGAAUAGGUCAUGAUUGGGAAGGUGUUGAAACAGCAUUUGAGUUGUAUAAAGUCUGGCUAUCAAAUACAAAUGACAUUCCUCAUACCCAACACCCUCCUAAGGAAGAUGACGAUACAAAUAUGCAGGAAGACAAUAUGCCUCUAACACCAGCUGAAAAACAAAGGCAAUACAGGGAGAGAAAGAAGCAAAAUCCUGUAAAAGAAGCAGAAACAAGAGAGAAAGCCCUUAUAAUGUAUCUUACGAAAAAGAAGUUGGUCAAAGAUAUGACACCAAGGGAACAUAGAAGCGCAAAGAAAAAAUUAAAAAAGGCUAAUAAAAAAAGAAGGGAGCAACAAAAAGCAGUUCAGCGACUAAUGGCAAUUGAUACACCACCAGCGUCUCCUGUUGGAACACCACGAAAUUUAAGUCCUGCAAUGCGCGCACAUGUUUUGGGACGAAGAAAGGUUAGGCCCGAUGGGACAAAAUUAUUUAGAGAAAACCAGAAGUUGCUUACAGAAAUUGAAAAAAUUAGGAGGCAGUAUCUGAAGUACAAAAAGAGAUACCAAAGAACUAAAAAGAGACAGUCAGAUGAUAAUAAUAAUAAUGAUAAGUAAGAACUGAUCAUUAUUUUCGAAAAUACACUCAAACAAUUGAAACACCACAUUUACAACAAGAAAAUCCAAUACAAAUGUGACAGGGCUUGCAUUGACGGUCUAGAAAAUGAUGAAGUAGCAUUGCAUAUCGACUUCAGCGAGAACUAUACUCGUAGUUGUAAGCAUUUCGAAGAGGUGCAGUCACACCGCGUUGGUGGUUCAAGGAAGCAAGUAUCAUUACAUACAGGGGCAGCACAUGGGAAGGGAGCGGCGGACGGUGUAGGUGGUUUUCUCAAACGAACCGCAGAUCAGAUCGUAGCUACAGGCAAGGAUAUUUCAGAUGCAUUACAAUUCUUUGAAGCUUUAAAGGAUUCUAGCAAAGUUAAGCUCUAUUUUAUAAACGACGACGAUAUUGAUCGAGCGGCAGAACAUAUUCCAAAACAUAUUUUGCUGCUGCCCGGUACCAUGCAACUGCAUCAAGUUUUUUCGGAAGAUACUGACUCUGAUUCUGAAGAUCAACCAUUAAGCAAAAUAGCCAACCCAAAGAACCCCACAGAAGGUGGUACUUCGUACCGAAGUGAUCCAAGUUUAGAAGGCAUUUUAAUGCAUCCUAACAAUAUAACCGAAGGGGAAUAUCUUCUGGUCAAAGUUUUCAGUGAAAAGAGUAGCUUUUAUACUUACCUUGGACUUGCUCAAAGUUCAGUCGAUAACGAAGGCGAUGUACCAAAUGAUGUAUCAUAUGAGUCAUACGAAAAUCUUAUUAAAAUUGUCUCUAACUCUAUAAAAUGCUAA